AUGCCCCACGAGACCCUCGCCGUCAUCGCGACCCCGUCCGGCCUACCUCGAGCCUCCGCGUCUGCCAGCCCCGCGUCAUCAUCCGCUUCUGCCGUCAUCGGCCUCGAUACUCGCGCGCGUAUCCCCUUACAUCAGAGAAUUCUUCGUAAGGGCGACGUGCUGUUCUGGGACGUGGAAAAGCUAGUACCCCGACAUCGCAGUGGUGAACAGCUGCUCAGCAAACGGGAUCGCCAUGAACCUCCAACCCGCAACCCCUUCCUCGGUCGCUGGGAUCGACAAACAUCAAGCGAGCGUCACCGACUCCGCACUGGGAACUGCCAGACUACCACCACCACGGUCCCUUCACCGGUGACGACGGAGGCCAACAUGGCCCGGCAGUUCGAUGACGCAGGGCGAAAGCAACCGACACGAUUCGGAAACAUGCCGCCCUGGGCCCUGCGCGACAACGCUUUCGACAAACCGCACUACCGGCUCAACCGGGCAGCCUUAGUAGAGCUCGCAGAAGCAUUAGGCGUCGAGCCCGGAGGGAACGUACACGAGCUCAAGGCAAGGACGAAGCAAGCCCUGUUCGAGCGGAGGGACGAGCUCAUUGAACACCCGUCCUAUUCCGCCCUUUACACGGAGAGAGAGAAGAACGAAUUCCAACAGGGUCGCACCCAAGGAACCGGGACGAAGGCUCAGACUGGCAAGGCAUAG